GGGGAAGAGCACCUCGCGCAUGCGCCGCGGGACGCGCCGCUGGCUGGCCUCGAGUUGCUUGAGGGCAACUCGACGGUCCUGGCGACGCGACGCGGCCGCGGAUGGACGUGGGACCCUGCGCGCAUCGUUGCCGUGCCGGUGGUUCGGCAGCUAAACAGCGCUGCUGCUAAAACGGCUUGGACAUUUCGUCGUCAGAAGCUCGUCAGCGUUGUCAAGGGGUACCGGCGGCCGACGAUCAGGUGUCGGGUUGCCGCCUGUCACCACCAUGACCCCGGUCGCCCGGCUGCCGUUUCUACCGAUGCUUCUCCUGUGGGCCAGCCUCGGCCUCGUCUACGCCGGGGCGGCCACGGCUCCAGACCCGUCCCUCGAACUCGCCAAAGCCCACCUCCUCCAGGCGCUAGGACUCGAGUCCGCGCCCCAGCGGCCCCCCGGCUCCAAGCCACCCGCAGUGCCCGACCACAUGGCGAGGCUUUUCGAGCGCUGGCAAGACGAGCAGGGAGCCUUCCUCGCCUCCAAGGGCCCCGUGGACACCGUGCGGAGCCACACCUCCUGGGAACGCGGCGCGGACCUACAGCAGCCGUCCAACGGCGCCCGAUUCCGCUUCAACGUGACGUCCACCCCCGGAGAGAGCCUCCUGGGUGCGGAACUCCGGCUGUACCGGCUGGCCGCAGCCGAAGCAUCCUGUCCCGGUGGGCCCAGCCCCGUCGAAGUGGUACGCGUCUACGAGGUACUUCGACCGGCGACGCGGCGGCUCGGCGAGGCCCAUCUGAGACUCCUGGACACUAGGGCCUUGGUGCCGCGCCGCGGUUGGCUGGCCCUGGACGUCUUCCCAGCUGUGCAGCGCUGGGCCGCCGGCGAGCCCAACCACGGGCUCUACCUCCGAGUCAGCACCGAGUCGCCGGCAGGAGCGGGCUCCAACUCGAGCCGGCUCCUGCUGCGUCAAGGGCGCCACGAACCGCGAUUCUGGGACCCGCGUCAGCCGGUGCUCCUCACGUACUCGGCGGCCGCCGGGACUCCGCCCAAGCGGACCAAAAGGGCGGCGAUGCAGAGGCGGAGGAAGCAGGGCUCCAAGCAGGGCCGCGACGCGUGCCGCCGGUUUCCGCUGCGCGUAGAGUUCAGCCACGUUGGUUGGAACGACUGGAUCGUGGCACCGCCGAGCUACGAGGCCUACUACUGCCACGGGGUGUGCCCGUUUCCACUGCCGGACCACCUGAACGGCACCAACCACGCCAUCGUGCAGACCCUGGUCAACUCGAUGCGGGCUGGAGGAGUGCCCAAUGCGUGUUGCGUGCCCACGGAGUUGUCGCCGGUGUCGCUGCUGUACGUCGAUGCCUUCGAGCGUGUCGUGCUCAAGAACUACCAGGAUAUGGUGGUGGAAGGAUGUGGGUGCAGGUGAUCCCUUGCAAGGCGGACUCUUACGGUUGCCCAAGCUGCGAACCGUCAUCUAGAAACUAUGGGAUUGCUGUGUCGGCAAACUUUAAAGAAACACAUGCUCGCUUGCGUGCCAAGCUUCGGGUGAGAAGAUCCCUGCAAUGCUGAAAGCUUCUAUGGGCGGCUUUGUACCAAUGACCUGUGUGCCAAACUAUCGGCACUUGUCGUUACAAGGCCUUCUGGGCAUGUUGGCCUCCUGGACUGCUCGUCUGGAAACUAUGGAACCGCAGCCCGUGAACCGAAGUGGUCGUUGGAUUGCAAACUUCGAAGAACAUAUGUGCUGCUGUGUGCCAAGCUUCGGGUGAAAGAAUUGCUGCAACGCUGAAAGCCUCUAUGGGUGGCCCUGUCCCGAUGACCAUUCUGUGCCACACGAUUGAGAACCACAUGGCGUCGGAAGGCCUGCUGGGCAUGUUGACCUCCCGAUUGCCCUGCUCGCGUUGUCUUGGCGCGAAAACAAGUGACCUGUGAGAGUAUUAUUGCCUGGACUCAAGACGUGCCUGAACUACGCAUGCAAUGCUUGCCGGUGUGCCAUAUCUUUGGCAGCGACUUUGAGAAUGGGCUGCCAGAUUGAAUCUCCCCAAAUGUUUGCGCUUUAGACCAACAGAAAUGUGUAAAUGCAUUUGCAGAAUAAAGUUUUAUAUGCAGACA